CUAUAGCCCCGCCGUCACGCGGUAGGUUGCAUCGUACAGAAAGUCACCUCGUCGUGUCAGAGUGGGAGAAGCUACUGACAGUUAGCACCAUUAGCAGCGGUCACAGUACCACCGGGAGAAGGUCGACAGCAGGAUCCUCUCUGAGCCGUAUCUAAAUCUCACAAACAGCUUUUAAAGGUCUCUAGCUACUCGCCGAGCUAACAGUUUUGCGAGCUUGCUACUAAGUUUCCGCUCAUCUCUCGCAUUCAUUAUCAACACCUUCAUCAUGGCUGCGCUCAGAGCGUCCUAUCACAGGAUUUUGGACAGGAUCGAGCACAUGCUGCCCGCCAAGCUGAGACCUGUGUACAACCACCCGGCAGGUCCGAAAACUGUUUUCUUCUGGGCCCCAGUGUUUAAAUGGGGUCUGGUUGGAGCUGGUUUGGCUGAUAUGACUCGACCAGCAGACAAACUCAGUACCUCUCAGUCUGCAGUGCUGACGGCCACAGGGCUCAUCUGGUCCAGAUAUUCGUUGGUUAUCAUCCCGAAAAACUGGAACCUGUUUGCUGUCAACUUCUUUGUCGGCAGUGCCGGAGCCUCACAGCUUUACAGGAUCUGGAGGUACGAGCAAGAUAAGAAGGCGGAGGCCAAACAGGCUGCGGAGUCCUGAGUGUAUCGACGCUCCAUUGCAGCGGACUAAAAGGGAGACUUCUUAUCAUCUCGACAUCACACCAUGCUGUUUCCAUAACAUCCAUGCCAUAAUAACCAUUGUUCUACCACAUUAAGCCUGUUGUCCCUGUUGGAAAUAUGCACUUUUCUUUAAGUUUCACAUUUCCUCAGGGUGUACUGAGGGAGGGAAGGAAAACAAAGCUUUUUUUUGUUUUUGUUUUUAAACUGUAGUCAACACACGCUCAAGAAUGGUCAUCAACGCACAAAUACUUCUUGUUCAACACGUUCUGUGAUUGUACAGUGUUUAAUUUAAGUUCAUGCUUUAUAUCUUGCACACUUGCUGGGAGGUCUUUGCCUUUUCCAUCAUCGAUUUUUCAGGUGUAGCAAUCAGUACCUCAGGCAGACAAUUCCCAAAAGAACGAAACAUGUAACUCUUAGAGUUGUGUUGAACAUGGUUUAAGGAAUGUGUCCAGAUGAAAUUAAGGAUGUCAUCGCACUUAACCUUUUGAUUUAUUUAUAAUUUGAUCAUCGUGUCCCGCUUGAGAUCAUUAAAUUGUCAUUGAUUACCGUGUAACGAUUUCUUCCAUUUAAUGACUUUAAAUCUGUGUGAACUCAAGUUGAUUUAUGAAUUACUUGAUUAAAAAUUUGCAGUCAAAACUGUAUAGGAAGAUACUGUUAUUUUCUAAUUGUGUUUCAGGAAUACUUACCUAAUGCAACAUAUUUAACCUCUGAAGCCUUGUCUUGAUUGGUAGCACGUACUGACACACUAACAGCGCUCUAUUAUCAAAAUUGUUGUUCUGAUGAAGGUGUUUUAUAGUUUUUGUGUAACAAUAAUUAUUUGAGGUCUUCCCAUUGUAUAAAUUAACCCCUGACUAAUUUAGCAAUAAUUAGUGCUAACAAUUAAUUAGAAGACUGUUUGAACAAAUGGCACUUUUGAGGAUUGAUCGUUAUGGCUCUGUGAUGACUAAUGCUAAUAAAUAUGGUUUGAUGCCUA